AUGAAUUUAUUAUUAAUUCUCUUAUUAUUUAUUUCUUUUAUUUUCUCUGGUGUCAUUUGUCAACAAGAAAUUUUUGAAUUCAAAUAUAUAGAGGAUAAUUUCAAUUUAACUGGAUCAACACAGAGAGUUUCAUUCUUAAUAAAAGUAUUAGAUCCCACUGCAAACUAUAGUAUCGAAGAUCCUAAUUUCCAAUGCUCCAAUCUGAAAAAGCAAGAACAAAACAGAUAUCUACAUACUUGUUUUGGUUUAGUAUUUUUAGAGUAUAAUGCAGGAACCCAAAAUAUAGAAUUUAUAUUUAAUAAUGGUUCAAACAUUCAAAAUAGUCUUACUUUAAGAUUUAAUAUUGAUUUUCCACCUGAUUUACAAAUUGGAGUAGCCAAAUUUAUAAGAUACCCCAAUUCCAAUCAUUUGACUAUUUAUGCUCAGACCAAUUAUACAACCAAAGCUUAUCCUGUAAGAUUGGAUCUUGUUAAUAUGCCUGGUUGCUAUUACGCAUUGACAAUGAUGACAAGAUUGCCAGGUAACGAUGGAGUCUAUUUUGCCGAUAUAUCACCUACAGGUUCUGGAGCCUGUACUAUUUUAAGUUCAGGUACCCUAAGAGUUAGACUAUCUGGUUUUAAUUCUUCUGGUUCAGUAGAUAUUGAUAUUCCUGCCUCAUACUUUCCAAGUGCUGGUGUUGCUAUGGGAACCCACACCAUUUAUCCAUCUAGAAGAGAUGUGUAUGACAAUGAUUAUAUAUAUUGGUUUGGAUCUCUAACAAAUUUGAAUGCACGAUCAGCAUUGUCAUAUCAACCAGCUAUUAGUUUAUCCCAAUUAUCCAAUUCUAAAGUAGUAACUGGAAAUUAUCUCCAAAGUGCAAAGGUUUUGGGUAUUUACAACCCAGAUACAGUAAAAGUUCCUAAAAAUGUUUCAAUGGCAUUUUUUGACGUAUCAGAUAAUAAAACUAUUUAUGCAACUAAUUAUUACACCAUUCAAACAAGUGGAAAUAAUGUUCCAAUUUUAGAUAUUUAUCCAACUUUGAUAGAAUUUAUUCAAUUUGAAAAAGUAAAUUCCUAUUCAUUUUUAAUUCAAAUGAAAGUUAUAGAUCCAGAUGGAUGUGUUUCAAUAGAGUUUUCAAAUGGAGUAUCAAUUGGAUAUCGUGAUAUGAUAGAAGGUGAUUAUAAAAAUGGUGUUUAUGAGAAGGUUUUAAACUAUACUUCAAUCACAGAUACUGUCUAUGUAUUAAGUAUUAAAGAUAUCCUUGGUAAUAUUGUACAAUGGAGAAGUGAAAUUGAUUUUUCAACAAAUCAACAAUUAUUACCAAAAUAUCCAUCCAUAUUUGGUGAAACUAAUAUGAAAAAUAUCACAAUGUUUACCUUUGAUAAUCUUUUGGUCAAUUCUUCACCACCACCACCAACAACUCCAACACCAACAGAAUCACCAGUAGUACCAACACGUCCAUCAGCAAAUAAAUUUGAGAGUCUCCAGGUGCUUGAUGAUUCGAGUUUUGUCGCUCGUAAUAUAUUAAGAUUUAAUUUUUCGAAUUCAGAUCCAAAUAUAGAACCAUUUAUCAUUGUUGAUUUCAGUUACUUUGAAUUUGAAAAUAGAACACAGAUUUUCAAAGGUUUUUGGAACACAACAGGUCUUCAUUACCAAGUAUCAAUUACAAUCCCUGAGAACUUGGCAUCAAGAGAAAUCGUUGUUACAUUACCUAUGUCAUAUUAUUUCACUUCAAGUCAAAUCUCAUAUUUGGAUUACAAGUCAUUCUCUGUUCAAACCUUUAAUUGUGAUCAACUUCCUCCAAUGAUCUUAUCAGUUGAAUUAUCUCAGGCGAAUCCAUAUUAUUUUACUGGUGGCACAAAUUUUAUUGGUUGGAAGAUUACUAUUGAAGACUCUCCUAAUUACUUUGUAAAUGGAACUUUUUUAAUUCAAGGCAGUAUCGAUAAAUAUCAAUACAAUCUCUCCGUUAGUAAUCCCAAUAUGGUAGUUGGUUCCAAUAUAUAUUAUAUAAAUAUCCCAGUAACAUUUUCCACCCCAUCACAAAUGUUUGACAUUUUAUCUAUGGAACUUGUAGAUUCAUCUGGAAAUAUAGCUAGCAAUAUGAUUGGAUCGAAAACUCCUCUUUUCAAUCCAUAUAUGAUUAACCAAUUGUAUAAUUCUCGUAUAAUAUUUUUAAAUGCUAAUCAAACCAAUGGAAAUGAUUUUAGUAUGCCGGAGAUUCUGUCUAUGAACUUUUCACCAAAUGUUAUUGAUGUUGGAGAUCCAAACCCUUUGAAGAGACAGUUGACCGUCAGUGGUUUGUUCAGAAGUAAUAUUAGUGGAAUAAAUAGUGAAAAAUAUCCAAUAGUAUCAUCUACAUUCUUGGGAAAAACUUUAAGUUUUCAAAUUGAUAAUGUUCAAGCAUAUAAUUUAUCAACAGUAAUGUUUACAAAAACAAUUGAAAUUCCUUAUGGAUUUACAAUUCCAUCAACUUGGGAUUUAUCAAUUUCAUAUGUUUGUUCAUUUAAUGGAAAUUGUUUAAAUUCAACAUUUGGUUCUCUUCAAUUUAUUUAUUCAUACCUUCCAAUUCUUGAAUCAAAUAGUUUUAUCGAUAGAAAUGGUGGAGAAAUAUUUAUUUACGGUCAGAAAUUUGGAAAUCAAUCAGAUUUUAAAGGAUUUGUUUCAUAUGAAAACGGUCAAUAUCAACCAUUCCAAGUGAAUUUCUUUAGCGAUUCGAUAUUUUCAUUCACAAUGAAUGCUUCAAAUGCUGUGAAAAUUAUUGUUCAAAGUAAAUUAGGAUACUCAAACGUUCUGGUCAUUUUAGGUUCGAAUGAACAACAACCUACAAUCCCUCCAGAGACCACAUGUGGUGAUCCAAAGUGUGGUGGAAAUGGAAAGUGUGUAGAUGCAUUAUGUCAAUGUAAUGAAGGAUGGUCAGGACCAUCUUGCCAAUCAAAAUUCAUUCCUCAACCUCCUCCAAAUGUUGAUCCAAAAUCACCAACCACCACGACCGAUAACUCUAACGUUCAAUUGAUAGGUACCAUCAAGAUAGAAUACAUCAAUGAAUUGAAACCGAGUGGUGAAAUUUUCAAACAAUACAAGUUGGCUGAUUGGAAAGGUGUGAAAGCGAUUACAUCUGAUAGAUUCCUACAAUACAAUUAUACUAAAUCAAUUGGAGAGAUUGACACCAAUAUCACAGUUGUUGUACAAUGGUUUGGUGAAACUAGAAAUGUUGAAUUUGCAGGAUUGAACAGUACAAUGACACCUGGAUCCAUCAAAUAUAGUGUCAUUAUGGAUAGAUACAUAUUUGAUUCACCACUUAAUAUAUUGCAAGUGGUCAUUGAGGUAGAGGUUGUAGAAAUGAACAAAGAUGGAUGUAUCGAGAAACAGACAUCACCAAGAAAGAAUGAUAUUCAAUGGGUUAAAAUCAGAGUUUCCGAUCAAAGUUUCUAUUGUAGAUUCUUGAAUAGAGCUUUGGUUGAUUCUAGAUCAACAGCUAUUACAAACACAUUAUUGGAUGGUGGAGGAAAUCAAAGUGAUAUUCUCAACAGUAAAGUUGGAAUGAUGGUUCCAUUUUAUGAGAAUCAAGUGAUCAUUGAUCCAGAUUUCAGUAUUAUCAUUGACACUGAAAGCGAUAAUUCAAAAUGUGGUGUUAAAUCAGGAGACAAUAAUCAAUGGAGGAAAAUUGUUGGAAUUGUAAUUGGUUCUGUUUUAGGUGUUGCAAUUAUUGUAUCAGUUUCAUUAUAUCUUUAUAAAAGAAAUAUUGUCUCAAAAGAGAAUAAGAGAAUGUCAAAUAAAUUAAAAAGACUCAGUUCUAAUGAGGCUUAA